AUGUUGUAUCUACCCAAAUAUAAUGGAACCACAGACCCUCAAAAGCAUGUAACCUCGUACACUUGCGCGGUUAAAGGAAAUGAUAUGCAACCGGACAAAAUUGAAUCAAUUUUGCUCGAGAAAUUCGGUAAAACACAGUCCAAAGGGGCAAUGGCAUGGUGCUCUUUACUUCCGGAGCAUUCGAUUAAUUCCUUUGAAAUGCUUGCGGAUGCUUUUAUCAAGGCACAUGCUGAAGCAAAGAAGCUAUUAAAGAAUGGCCAUUUAAGAGAGUUCUUCAGUGAUAGAGCCAAAGAGAACUACGGCAAGAAUAGGGAUUCAAGCAAGCAGGAGGUUCAGAUUGAGCCACUACACGUGAUUAAUGUGAUAACCGAUGGACCUGGGUUUACAGGAACAUCCUUUGUAGCAAAAAAGGAUAAGUUUUCUGUAACACGGGAAAGGAGGUCCCGGAGCCUCAUACAAAAGAGAGCAAUAACAUUCACUGAUGAAGAUGCGAAAGACAUAACUUCAUCACAUAAUGAUGCUUUAGUAAUUUCUAUUAUGAUUAAUUAUUUUAGAGUUAAGAAUGUUUGGGUUGAUCCAGGUAGUUUAACUAACGUCAUUCAAUGGAGAGUCAUUGAGCAACUGGCAAUGAUGGGCGAGCUAACGCCAUCCGCAAGGAUACUUAGAAGAUUCUAUAAGGCAAGCAAAACAACGAAGGGUGAAAUCAUGUUGACAGUCAAUGCAGGAGGAGUGAUCAAGCAUACAAGGUUUUACAUCGUAGACGGUGGCAUGAGAUACAAUGCUAUCUUCAGUAGACCUUGGAUUCAUGAUAUGAAGGCAGUUCCUUCGAUACUGCACAGGCAGAUAUAG